AGUUCUUUUUGUCUUUUUUUGCCGAGCCUAAGACGCUCAAGCUCGUGCGGACCAUUGGUUCUACCAUUUCGGAAGUUUCUGGACUAAACAAUUUGAUUUUAUUUUUUAUCUUUUCAUUUUUGGCCGGAACAGAAGGAUAUAUUAGGAUCAUAAUAAAACCUUAUUUGUUUUUUGUUUUGGGGUUUGUGGAAAAUAUUUAGGAUUUGAGGUGCAAGAAGGGGGAUAAGUGUGUAUGGGGGCGUGAGGGAGGGACGAAAGGAGGAAACUUUUGGCUACAGAACUGGUCUCUUUAGCCGGGUUUCUUUAAAAAAAUGGUGCAGAGUCUGUGUUUGAUGGCUUCUCAUGGUUACCCUCCUGGCCUUGUCUUACAGCAAGAACUGAGCUUGGCCGGUAGCAAUAUGAAGGGCUGCUCAACAUUAUUGCCUUCUACUGCAACAAAACCAGAUCUGAUCAGAUAUCAGGUUCCAUGUCUUAAGCCAAGUCCACAUGGGGAGUCAAGAAAAUUCCCAAGCGAAUGUUUUGAUUACAAUAAGUUUGUCAAUGUUGACUUCUCAGCUCAAAAUGCCGUGCUUACUGAUGAGCAAGCAAACUGCUCAAAUGCAGUACUUUUUGGUUUUGGCAUUGUUGAAAAAUGCACUAAGCAUGAUAAAAUUUUAAAGUUCCUAAUGUCUGAGACUGCAGAAGCAGGUAGAGAUGGAGCAAAUUUAUCUUUGCUAUCUAACUUGAUGAAAUUGCAGUCGUCAGGCAUUGGUGAAUCUCAGCAAUCAUUGUCAUCUCUUAUCUACCCGCAUAGCAACUUCAACAUCCGGAAACCUUUGCUGUAUUUAGUUCAAGAUUCAGCCCUUUCUUCAAAAAUCACGGUUCAUCCAGAUGGUCAGAUCACAUUUAUGGGUUCUGGGAUUGAGUUGAAAGAUCUUCUUACUGUAGUUGCUGAGUCAUACUUAUCACAAAGAUCACAUAGGGGUGAAAAGAGAUCUAUGCUUGUUCCACAUUUUAGUAGAUUCCAUAUGGAUAGGGUGGAUAUUGGUGAAGCAAAGAGCAGAAGUCAUUUCUCCACAUUGAAGGAUCAAUCUAUGUUAACUGCUCCUUUAAGGAGCAGUCCAGAGAAAGUCAAACUCAAGCCACCACCAAGAAAGAACAAAAAAGUUGGUAGGGAGAGAGAUCUCUUUAAGAAAAACAGUUCACAUGCAUGUGAGACCCUUCUGUCCCUGAUGGUUAACAAGAAGCAGUGUCCGAAAACCGCAAUUAUCUCGCUGAAGAAAUCUGGCCCCAAGCUUCCUGAGCUCCUGACACAAUUUUCUGCUUGCAUUGCUGGUACUGGUCUUGCUGUCCUGCUAUCUGUAAUGUGUAAUAUAGCUUGUGGAAGGGUUCCCUUUUGUGCUUCUAACUUGUUCAACACUGGGUUCGGAUUUGGGUUGGUUUGGCUUUCUUGGGCAGUAAAUAAGCUAAGGGCCACCGUUGUCAGCAUCAGCAAGAAUGCAGGAAAGUUGGGUUUGAAAGAAGAGAAAAUGAUGCAGAAACUGGAUAAGAGCUUAAGAGACAUUUACUAUAGCGCUGCAGCAUUGCUAGCAGUGGUUGUGCUAAGGUUUGCAUGAGUAACAUCUCCAAAGAUGUAGUUUGAAGAACUGUAUAUCAUAUAUGGUUAAUUGAGUAAUGCUCAGUUAUUUCUGGUUGGUUUGAUGUCGAUAGUGAUGAAUUUGGGGUGAAUCAAAUAGCAAAAGCAGACAGUAAGAGCAAUGUGUCAGAAGUUAAUCAACAAUCGGUUGUAGAAGUUAAUGUUCUACUUCCAAUUAACUCGGGAGGCAUUGUUGGAUAGCAUGUAAUAUAGAAUUUUGGAAUGGAAUCAAUAAACUUAAUUUCUUAUUUAAUUUA